CCUCGCUAGAUAGGCUCCAUCUGUGGCCUUAAUCGCCGAACACUUCAUAUGCUGCUCAAUUGUUUCGAAAUGCAUCUUUUCUCUUCAGAACGCGCUCGUCACCGCCGAGCGGCUCCGUCUGCGCUGCGAAACCCUCCAGACCUAUCUAGGUAACCGGGAACCCCAUGGCCCGUAUCAUCCGCAUCGCAGCCGCCCAAGUGGGCGCCGUACACCGCGCCGAUGCCCGUCCGAAGACGCUCAUUCGUCUGAUCUCCCUUCUCCAAGAGGCUGCCUCGAAGGGAGCAGAAGUCGUCCUUUUUCCGGAGUGCACCUUCACCACCUUCUUUCCUCGCCAUUUCUUCUCUGCCGUCGCGGAGCUCGAGUCCUUUUUCGAACACGGCGAUGUCACAACAGCGGAGAACACGAGAGCCAUCUUCGAGAAGGCGAAGGAGCUGGGCGUCGACAUAUGCAUUGGCUUUGCGGAGGCGACGGAUGACGGCGAGCACUACAAUACUUGCGUGUACUAUCACGCAAAGUCGGGCUCCAUUCUGUCCAAAUACAGGAAGAUACACCUACCGGGAGACUUUGAACCGUUUCCCGAUCCUGAUGCUGUCAAUCAGUUGGAAAAACGAUACUUCAAGCCUGGGAAUCUUGGCUUCCAUGCUUUCCGCGUGCCAGACCUUACAGACCCUACCGCGGACAACGGAGAACCGAUAUUCGGCAUGAUGAUCUGCAACGACCGGCGGUGGGCUGAAGCGUGGCGAUGCCUGGGUCUCCAGGGUGUCGAAGUCGUCUUCACAGGCUACAACACACCAGGCUGGGCUCCGCAAAUGUGGGGAAUCUCAGCCGACCAGGACCCGAAGACGGCACGCGCUGAAGCUAUAUUCCAUCACAAACUGGUCAUGCAGGCGCAUUCGUACACUAAUGCAUGCUUCUCGGUGAGCGCUGCAAGAUGCGGCUUGGACGAUGGAAAAUACGACCUGGUUGGAGGGUCGACUAUUGUUGGACCAGAUGGAAAGAUUAUUGCAGAAACAGCAACUGAAGAAGACGAGGUGAUUGUUGCAGAUUGUGAUUUGGAUCUUUGCUCGCCUGGAAAGAAGAGGACAUUCGACUUUGGACGGCACCGACGAGUCGAGCACUACUCUAUUCUGACUUCCCAAACUGGAGUUGUAGAGCCUCCAAGGCUCUCCGCAACUUCUAAGCCGAAUGAAGGUCUAAACAGGGACAUGGAACGUUCUCAAGCAGUGCCAAUUCGAUCCGUCUCCGGUCCUACCUCCACGAGUCCUAUCCGCAUUCUCUUAUGUAAUCCCAACUCCACAGAGUUCAUGACAAGCGCCUGUCUGGGAAUGGUCAGGCCUACACUCCCUCCGGACGUCAUCAUCUACGGCUUCACAGCUUCCAAGCCUGCUCCUUCAGCCAUCGAGGGCAAUUUUGACAAUGUUAUGUCCGCUGCGGCCGCAGCCCGCGCUAUCAUACCCAUCGCUGACCAAUACGACGCCUUCUUGGUCGCUUGCUACAGCGAUCAUGCGCUCAUAAAGUCUCUCAGGGAAGAGCUUUCCCAGCCCGUUAUCGGCAUCAUGGAAGCCUCCCUGCUCGCCGCCCGCACGCUCGGUGGCCGCUUUGGCAUCAUAGCCACCUCACGGAGAUCAAGGUACAAAUUGGAAGACUCUGUGCGGCACUAUGGUCUUGAAAGCUUCUGCGCCGGUGUCAGAGACUGCAAUCUCGGCGUGCUAGAACUAGAGUCAAAACCCGAGAAAGAGGUAUUGAGCAUAAUGUGCGAGGUGGGGAAGCUGCUGGUAGAAGACGGCGCUGAUGUGCUCACUCUGGGCUGCGCUGGCAUGACAAAUAUGAAGACUGCGAUUGAGCAAGCAGUAGGCGAAGAUGUGCAAGUCGUCGAUGGCGUAGUGGCGGGCAUUCAGCAUCUAGUAGGAUUGUGUAGGAUGGGAACUAGAACAGCUAAGAGGGGGAUGUAUGCGAGCUCGGCAAAGGAGAGGAAAUUGCGUGGGCAGGACUGGUACUAGCUAGAGUAGGGAGCCCUUGACUUCUAGCCAGUCCUCAUCAUACUAUCAGAUCGCUGCCUCCACUUCACAUUCUAUCCAACUUAUCUCACCCUCUUUGGAAGCCUA